AUGACUCAGAGCACUUACUCUCUGUUACUGGAGUGUGCUGGAGAGGAGAACUGGGUGGACACCAGGACGGUGUACAUCGGAAACAAGGAGCCCCCACCGGGAGCGGAGGCCUACAUUCCCCAGAGGUACCCCGACAACCGCAUCAUCUCCUCCAAGUACACCUUCUGGAAUUUUGUUCCGAAGAAUUUGUUUGAGCAGUUUAGAAGAAUUGCCAAUUUCUACUUCCUCAUCAUAUUUCUUGUCCAGUUGAUAAUUGACACUCCCACCAGUCCCAUCACCAGCGGGCUACCUCUCUUCUUUGUCAUCACUGUCACGGCCAUCAAACAGGGCUAUGAGGACUGGCUCAGGCACAAAGCAGACAAUGCUAUUAACCAGUGUCCUGUGCACGAGGUGCAGCAUGGGAAGGUGAUCAGGAAACAGAGUCGUAAGCUGAGGGUGGGUGAUGUGGUGCUGAUCAAGGAAGAUGAGACGUUCCCCUGUGACCUCAUCCUUCUCUCCACCAGUAGGGAGGAUGGGACCUGUUUUGUCACUACAGCCAGUCUGGAUGGGGAGUCCAGUCACAAGACCUACUAUGCUGUGCAGGACACUAAGGCCUUCAACACAGAGGAGGAUUUUGAUACUCUACAGGCUUCUAUUGAAUGUGAACAACCACAACCAGACCUCUACAAAUUCGUGGGCCGAAUCAAUAUUUAUUCGGACAGAAACGAGCCCAUCGCGAGGCCUUUAGGAUCUGAGAACCUACUUCUCAGAGGGGCGACACUGAAAAACACACAGCACAUAUAUGCUGUUGCCAUCUACACUGGUAUGGAGACCAAGAUGGCGCUCAACUACCAGUCCAAGUCCCAGAAACGCUCUGCAGUGGAGAAGUCAAUGAAUGCGUAUCUGAUAGUGUACCUGUGCAUCCUGAUCAGCAAGGCUCUGAUCAACACAGUGCUGAAGUAUGUGUGGCAGGCUGACCCGGACAAAGACGAGCCCUUCUACAACCAGAAGACUGACACAGAGAGGCAACGCCAUAUAUUGAUCCGGGCGUUCACAGACUUCCUGGCCUUCAUGGUGUUGUUUAAUUACAUCAUCCCCGUGUCCAUGUACGUUACCGUGGAGAUGCAGAAGUUCCUGGGGUCCUACUUCAUCAUGUGGGAUGAUGAGAUGUUUGACGAGGAACUGGGAGAGAGGGCUCAGGUUAACACAUCUGACCUCAAUGAAGAACUGGGACAGGUGGAGUACGUGUUUACAGACAAGACAGGCACCCUGACAGAGAACAACAUGGAGUUUAUAGAGUGCUGUGUGGACGGCUAUGUUUACGUCCCUGAUGCCAUCUGUAAUGGACAGGUCAUGCCAGGGGCAACCAGCAUGGACAUGAUCGACUCCUCACCUGGACCAGGGGGCAAGGAGUCUGAGGAGUUGUUCUUCCGGGCGUUGUGUCUGUGCCACACGGUACAGGUGAAGGAGGAGGAGACAGUGGAUGGCAUCAAGAUGGGUAUCCACCAGAACAAGGCCACCUCCUUCUACAUAUCAUCCUCUCCUGACGAGGUGGCACUGGUGGAGGGCAUGAAGAGGCUUGGCUUCACCUAUCUGCGGCUGAAGGACAGUCACAUGGAGAUUCUCAAUAGGGAGGAUGAGGUCGAGAGGUUUGAGCUGCUGGAGGUAUUGACCUUUGACUCUGUGAGAAGGAGAAUGAGUGUUAUCGUCAGGUCCACCACAGGGGAGUACUACCUGUUCUGUAAAGGGGCCGACUCCUCCAUCUUCCCCCGGGUGAUCUCUGGCAAGGUGGAGCAGGUCAAAGCCAGAGUGGAGCACAACGCUGUGGAGGGCCUACGGACACUGUGCGUGGCGUACAGGAAGUUGAGCGUGGCUCAGUACGAGGAGACGUGUCACCUGCUGAACAGCGCCAAGCUGGCCCUGCAGGACCGAGACAGGAAGCUGGCCGAGGCCUAUGACCUCAUUGAGAAGGACUUCAUACUGCUGGGGGCCACCGCCGUGGAGGACAGGCUCCAGGACAAGGCAGCGGACACCAUCGAGUCUCUCCAGAAGGCUGGGAUGAAGGUGUGGGUGCUAACCGGAGACAAGAUGGAGACGGCGGCGGCUACUUGUUACGCUAGCAAGCUGUUCCGCCGCUCCACACAGAUACUGGAGCUGACCACCAAACGCACCGAGGAACAGAGUCUACAUGACGUUCUGUUUGACCUGAGUAAAACCGUACUCAGACAGCAUGGUAGCAUGACCAGAGACACCUUCUCAGGUCUGUCUGCUGACUGUGUGGACUACGGUCUGAUCAUCGACGGGGCCACCCUGUCUGCGGUGCUGAAGCCCAGUCAGGAGGACUCCAGUCAGGGGAACUACAAGGAGAUCUUCCUGGAGAUCUGUAGGAACUGCAGCGCUGUGCUCUGCUGCCGCAUGGCGCCCCUCCAGAAAGCACAGAUUGUGAAGCUGAUCAAAUCGUCUCCAGAACACCCCAUCACGCUAGCCAUUGGAGACGGGGCUAAUGAUGUUAGCAUGAUCCUGGAGGCUCAUGUGGGCAUCGGCAUCAUGGGUAAAGAGGGUCGCCAGGCAGCGCGGAACAGCGACUACGCCAUCCCGAAGUUCAAACACCUGAAGAAGAUGCUGCUGGUUCACGGACACUACUACUACGUCCGCAUCUCAGAGCUUGUCCAGUACUUCUUCUACAAAAAUGUCGCCUUCAUCUUCCCUCAGUUCCUCUACCAGUUCUUCUGUGGCUUCUCCCAACAGCCGCUGUAUGACACAGCCUAUCUGACACUGUACAAUAUCAGCUUUACCUCUCUACCCAUCCUGCUCUUCAGCCUCAUCGAGCAGCACAUCAACAUGGACAUCCUCAAGAAAGACCCCUCCCUCUACAGGGACAUAGCUAAGAACUCUCUCCUGCGUUGGCCCAUUUUCAUCUACUGGACCUUCCUGGGGUUGUUCGACGCCGUCGUCUUCUUCUUUGGUUCUUACUUCCUGUUCAACAACAGCACCUUCACCAGCAACGGACAGAUGUUUGGUAACUGGACGUUUGGGACUCUGGUCUUCACUGUGUUGGUGUUCACAGUCACGUUAAAGCUCGCCCUGGACACACACUACUGGACGUGGAUCAACCACUUUGUCAUCUGGGGCUCGCUGCUUUUCUUCGUCAUCUUCUCUCUGCUAUGGGGAGGCAUCAUUUGGCCCUUCCUGAACUACCAGAGGAUGUACUAUGUGUUUAUUCAGAUGUUGUCCAGCGGUCCGGCCUGGCUCAGCAUCAUCCUGCUCAUCGUCAUCAGUUUGCUGCCUGACGUGGUCAAGAAGGUCGUCUGUAGGGCCCUGUGGCCCACCACCACAGAACGCAUCCAGAAUGCAGACAAGCUGUAUAACGGCCAGCUAUCGGAGUUCACCCCGCUGGCAUCUCUCCACGCGCCCACGCGCAGGAGGGCCGACCACCAGAACCCCAUUCCCAGAAGGUCUGAACCCUUCACCAAAAAACUCAUGUUCACCCACUGGAGGGGCGGGCCCGACUACUGCACUUUCACCCCACUCCUCCGAUUCGCCGGCAACUCCCGUCACUCUGGGGCUGGCUACGUCCAAAAUUGGGCAGGGCCUGAGACCUCGGUGUAGUCUAGAGUGGAGUUUAGUCUGAUUUAGACUGGAAGUCUAGACCAAGAUUUCAGUGUUGAGCAAUUGACCACUGGAACAAUCUGUCCUCUAGACAAUAGAUACCUAAUCUAGACGCGUACAGUUACCAAUGUCAUUUUGAAAAAGCAAACGAACACCAAAUACACACAGAAGGACGAUCCACAUGAUCGACAGUCCUAGGGCUGUGUUGUUAGCACAAGGAGCUGAGUGAACUGAACAGACUUGACUCCAGGCAAGCAGUGGCUGUGGAUUGGUGGAAAGGGCCUUGGCUCCACCCAAUAAUGUCUACUGUGGGUCCCCUCAGACCCACCCUGCAGUGUGUUUGUGUGGGUGUGGGUGUGUGUUUGUGGGUGUGUGUGUUUGUGUGUGUGUGUGUGUGUGUGUCACUCCCCCAUAUCUGUCUGUCAACUGUCUGUCAGUGAUGAUGUCAUUUGAAGUGUUUGUCAUAAAGGAUGCCACUCCCCCGUAUCUCCCUGCCGACUGUCAACUGUCUGUCAGUGAUGAUGUCAUUUGAAGUGUCAUAAAGCAGGGAUGCCCAGUAUGAAUGGAAGAUGUUCAGAGGUAUUGCAUGUGCUUUAACUGACCACACUUUCCUGUUUUUCUUUUGUCUUUUUCUCUCUUCCUCUCUCUUUCUGUCCUGCUUUUUAUAGAACAAACUGGUGUUGCCUCUGUGCAUAUCUCUUAUCCAGGAACACGCCAUAAGACACUAGUCUCUUCCAGUUCAGUUGUAAGUGGCUAGGCCGUGAUAGGGGUUUAUCUCUACUGGACUAGAGACAGUUCUGUGUGUGUAGUAUCCCGUGUCAUAGACUGUCCUUGUGUCUACUGUAGAGUGAUGUGAUUAUACCUCCAUUCCCCCUUGUAACCGUCCCAUUUCCUGACAUGGAAGCUGAGGCAUCCUGCCUCACGUAGUGCUAAGGAAGUACAGUGGGAAACCAGUAUGCAUGGGAAUCCUUUUCCGCCUUAACAUCUACACAGUGUUUCCUUUGAAAUACACAGUAGUCUGGAACCAAAGGCUCAGAAAAUACUUUUUCAAUGGUUAUUGCCUUACACUGAGACUGGAUGGGACAGAGGAAGAGAAAUUCUGCCUUACACCACACCAGGAUUGUUGGACAGUAUUAGAUAGGAGAGAGAACCUACUUUGUUUCUGAGCUUUAACGUUGUCCAUGUAGAUAUCUAACAUCUCUCACAUUCAGAUCUGAAGCCUUAAAGAGCAGUGGAUCUCUGUUACAGAAAUACAACAUGUAGAAUGUAGACAUUAUGCUUAGCUGCUUUGCUCUGUUCUUUGACAUAAAUAAUAUAGAACAUACCCAUAGAAGUCUCACACGCCUCAUGAAGGUGUUAUAAGAGUGUUAUAAGAGUAAUUCUCUCACAAGAGUCUGUCAGGGGUCUUAACAUCUCAUCUGUCACUAUGUGCUCUCUCCCUCCCUCAGAUCUUCUCUGAUGCUUUUAUGUUUCAAUUUCUCCUCUUUCUUCAUGUGUUUUUUUUUUCCUCUACCGUUUCUCCUCUUGUUCCUUUUGAAGUGAUGCUCGUGUGGAUCUGUCCUCUCGAGCCUCACUACAUCUCCUCCUCCUCACUGCCGCCUCCUCUCAUCCUCCACUCCUCCUCUCAUCCAUUCAUCCAUUCACUCCUUCAUCCGGUCAUGCAUCCCUCCAUCCGUCUCAUAAGAACACAGUCUGUGUGGUGGGUGUAAGGAGAGAGAGAACGAGAAAGGGAGAUGGAGGGGGGACUGUACCAAAACCAAGGUUUUUCUAGACACAUUUAGCUGCUUGACAGUAGAUCUUGUGGUCCUUUGGUGCAUUGUGGGAUCUGUUCAAACCAAGAGGAACAAAAGUAUAUAUAUGGAUAAGGAUGUUGUUAUACACAGUAUUUGUGUGUGUGUGUGUGUGUGUGUGUGUGUGUGUGUGUGUGUGUGUGUGUGUGUGUGUGUGUGUGUGUGUGUGUGUGUGUGUGUGUGUGUGUUUUGUGUGUGUGUGUGUGUGUGUGUGUGUGUGUGUGUGUGUGCACGUGCAGAUGUCUGUUUCAUUGAAAGCAGCAAUGAUAUUUAAGAUGGUCAUCUGUUAUUAGGUGGUAUUAUGAAUCUUCAAUGAAAAGGAAAGACACUGAACAUUACACCACAAUCAGAACUAUAACACUGGACAUUGCUAUGACGAGGUUUACAAAUAAUGAAUGAAUUAGUGAAUGAUUCAUGAAUGAAUGAUUACAAUGGAUGACUAAAUGAUGAGUGACCGGCUGUAAGGAAGUGGAUGACUCCAAAAAUGGUGAGAACUAGUGUUUUUAUCAGCACUUCUGUGGUCAUCUGUUAAUGAGUUAGAGGAUGAAUGAGACUGGUACUGAGACAGUCGUUUAGGGUGUUUAUAAUGUUGCUGACUGGUUUGCAUGCUCUGCCUCUGUCAUACCACUGGAUGUAAUGAGCUUCUCUGUGUGUUUAUGAAUCAAACAAGCAUAACUUCUCUUUCUCUGACAGUUCAACACUCUCCAAACUGAAAUAUGACGCCUCUCUCUCUUAAUUGCUUUGAUGUCUCGUCCAGUCGAAACCUAUUCCAUAAAAGCUUGAAAACUUGAAGCAAACUACGCUAUCAUAAGUUGACGGUAUUGUCUAGAAUUGAUUGUAUUGAGAUUCUUUGUUUGAUAUUCUGUGUAUCAUUUUGUCUCUGUUAGGUUUCCUGUUUGAAAAGGCCUAGAGCUCAACUCAAUAGUCAGUUGGUUUGGAGGAAAAUGUUGGUUUUGUGAGUGACAAACCCUCAGAAAGAUGGAGAAAGAGAGAGUAUGUGCAUUUUACUGUUUUAGUCCUGUAGGUGUUGCUGACUAUGCUUCAGAAUAUUGAAUGUAUAAGAAGCCUGCUCCUUAAAGCCUGUCAUUAUGACAUAUAUCUGUGUUUUAGGAUCUUAGUCAUAUCAGCAAACAAGGAUGGAUGCUAUUGAACAAAACUCCCACGUGUUCAACUGUGAGCUGGCUUGUUGCUGUUAGAAUGAUGUUGGACAACCCACCGCAGUACAUCAGAACGUUUCCAUGAUCCAGAACGGAAAUGAUCACCAAAUACUGACACGUAGUAAGAAUGUAGUGUUUUUCAGGCAGCGACCCUGUUCUGAUCAGAAUUCUUUCAUUUAGGUAUUUUUGUAUAUCUUAGAAAAAUCCUGUUUUGUUACUUUUGUAUUCAGAAGAGGAGACCUGUUCACUGACUUGUAUUUAUUUAGAUAAUUAAUAUUGCGUUUUCUAACAACCAAAACAGCUAGAGAGUAACUGUCAAAGGCGGAAGAGGAAGCGAGACACCCCACUCGCAGCUUUUCUUUUUUCGUUUUUUUUUCUGGUUCAAUGAAUGUCAAUGAACUACGUAGACCAGACCGAGUUGCUGUUGCUGUUUCAUUGGUGUCUAUGGGAGACACACCCAGUUAAGUAGACCAGACCGAGUUGCUGUUGCUAUUUCAUUGGUGUCUAUGGGAGACACACCCAGUUAAGUAGACCAGACCGAGCUGCUGUUGCUGUUUCAUUGGUGUCUAUGGGAGACACCCAGUUAAGUAGACCAGACCGAGUUGCUGUUGCUAUUUCAUUGGUGUCUAUGGGAGACACACCCAGUUAAGUAGACCGUAACAUACCAUUUCUUUCAACGGUAAACAGCCUGAGUGAACUAUCUUAAUUUAGCCACCAUCUUUGCAGCUGUCACGGGGAAGAGAGACAUCAUGCAAAUGAAACGAUAUAGCUUUACAAUUCUGCUUUCUGUCAAUUAAUAUACUAAGAAAUCCAAGUACAAUUGUCUCUUCUGUGCUCCUGCACUGAAAUAAUACAUGUUUCUCGCAUGAAAUAUGGGUUUGUUUUUAAAGAUACUUUGAAAGCCAUUGACUAUGGGAUAAGGUGUGACCAAAUGAAUAGCUAUAGUAGAUGUUUAUUGUUCUAAUAUAUAACUUUACUGACUUAGUAUGGCUUGAACUUUACAGCCAGCCUUUACAGUUUAACAGAAUGUGUAUUUCUCUUUUACAAUGCAUCGGCACAUAGUGUUAUGACAUCACUCAUAACUUUGACUAUAUUUACAUCUAUGUAUACUUCUGUACACUCUUUAAGGUGUAUAUAUAUAUAUAUAUAUAUAUAUAUAUAUUACUGUAUGUAGUAAAGGUAAUUCAUGUACAGUAUUGGGGUCUUUUUCUAUACAGUUUUUAACUGAUUGAUAUCUGUAGAUACAUGUGGAUUUUUGCCAGCCUUUCUGUAACUAUCAAUGGCAAACAACUAAUUGUACAUCUGCUUGUAAUA